AUGUUAUUUUGGUUGCAGACAAUUUUUUGUUCAAUACAAAUAUUAGAUCGUAAUCUACUAUUAGACCUAAAUAAUACUUCAGGCUUUUUAAAAACACUUGAGAAUAUAGGAUUAUGCGAAAAUGAAGGUCUACAACAAAAGAAUACAGAACUGACUACAACAGAAGAUAAAAAAUUUUAUGAAAAUCGAUCUAACUCUAAUAUAUUAGAUGAUUUGACAGAUUUCAUAGAUGAAAGUUUUAAUAACGGAUAUGAUUAUUUAGAUAUAAUUUAA